ACAUGAUGUAGCAGUAGCUGAAAGAAGGUCAAGAAGGACCAGAGAAAGCCUGGAAUUUAAUAAGUGAAAAAGCGAACUAUCUUCAAAGAAUCAGAAUGGGACCGGCCUCGCGGUUCAUGGAACAACAGGAUUUGGUUCCGUGAACAAUAAGGUUCGGUCGGAAUCGAAUCAACGAACAAAGGUGGUUUCUCCUCUCACAGUAGAGGCCGACGACCCGCCAGUUGUACUAAAAUGGCGUCCUCCUCCUCAACCGGCCCGAUGGGUGCGCCCGGGGGCCGAAUGCUGAAUUUUCCAUCCAUGGAAAAAGUAAAACGAUACCCGCCAUCUCUCGUCGAGACGUGUCUCCGAAAGAUCAGCACGGGGUUUUUACGGUUUGACCCAGCGGUAUGAGUUUGUUGUUUUCGGUAGUAGCUCUAAAGUUUGACAGAUGAAACUGCGCAUGUUUUUUCACACUUGAGUUUGUGAAUGCUAUCUUUCCUCGAUAAAUGCAGCGCAUCUUUGCGCCAAAACAUUCUGUUCCCCUUUGAUGCACCAACAGGUAUUGCAGCGGGAACUAACCAGGGCAAAGCAGCUCGAGGAAGUGUACGCAAUACUCGACACGGACAUACUAUGACAGUGCACAACUCCCCCUCCCCUUCAUUUGUCAUGCAAAAUACCCAAUCCACCAUUUGCUUAUUGGCUCUGUUUGCAUGACAAGUUCUGCUAGCCCAAAUAGCACUACAAUCCAGUUCAAGUUUGUCAUGCAGAGCCAGCAUUCUUGCUGUUGCUUGUAUAAUUGCCGUUCAUGCUAUACAAAUGAGGGGGAGGGGGAGUUGUGCACUGUCAUACAUACCCUUAGGAAUAGCCGCCACAUGGAUAGACGACGAAUACUACUGGAAGAGAAGAACACUCUAUCACAUGAGAACAAUGUUACAGUUACACAUUUGUUGGUGUUGGAGUUUCUGCAUCACAAAUUUUCUCUUUGUGGCAGACAAAACUUGUAAUGCAAAGAUCAUAAGGGAAAAUACGUAGAAAACGAGGCUCGCAAGCAUUUCCUGCAUGACAGAGGUUGUCUGUUUUGCGGCUCCUGCAACACAAUGUGUAACUGUAACACUUUUUUCUUGCGAUACACUCCAGCGAGACAAGGGCGAGUACACCGGGCUCGUGGAUCAGCAUGGUACACCGCAGUCACACUCUAUCAUGCCUUUCGUGUUCUUGCAAUUUUUCUAUAGAAAAUGAACGAGAAGAUGCGAUUCCAUCAUGCAGCCUUGGGAAAAUUGUUGCGACUAUGAGGCAUUUUUAGGCACUAGCACGACCAGCUUCUUUAAAAUUGCAAAUUGCAGGUAUGUCGUGGAAGCAGUUUUUCUGCGAAACCGAACUCGGGUUCAUAAUAGAGAAAUUCCCGCUCGAUUUCGAGGCCGCAGAACUCGACGAGUUGAAGAGCAUCGUGCAGGCGGUGAAGCAGUACAUUUUUUGCUUGAAGAUCCGCGAAUACCCGAGCCACUUUGACUUGGCGCUCAUUUUGGACCCGUUGCCCAAUCUCUGCAGUCUCCAGAUCACGUACGGGAGAAAACGCCUCGGCAUGGAGUACGAACGGGGGCUGUUUGGGAUGAAAAUCGUCGACGCACAGUAUCUGGUCAGGUAUUGAACAGUUCGGCCAGUUUUUUUUGUUUCGACUUUUUCACAAUGCCACUUCCCUUCGACGUGACCGAGCACUUUUGUGCCCAUGAAUGUGCAGGAGGUGACGUGAGUGUGCAAUGAAUUGACACCAUAAAAACUGCAUUAUCAUCAAUAAACCAAACUACCGCGCUGCCCCCCUCGCCUUCUUCAGGUACGUGCGUUGCUGCCAGACUUUGGUGAAGCUUUCCCUGCCCUGCAACAUGAUCGACGACGAGCUGGCGAAGAUCUUGAUGCAGGGUCUCGAGACCUGUUUAAUGUUGACCGACUUAGACCUGUCGGGGAACAACCUCGGGGACCGGGGGGCCAGGAGGCUUGCGAAGUUGCUGCACCGACAGUACGUCCUGCAGACGUUAGACUUGUCUGACAACGCCAUCCACGCGAAUGGGUGCAUGCACCUAGGAGCGCACCUGGCCGAAAAUAGCACGCUGGAGACGUUGAACUUGCGACUGAACAGAUGCGAGGAUAAUGGUAUGGUUCUCUGCGUGACAGUUUUGAAAUUUGUUGAACAUCAUGUUGAUCCCGAUCUUCUUUGCUCCGCAAUGCUUCAUACACUAAACAACUCAGGUGUCUGCCACUUGCUGCAGGAUCUGUGCAUCAACAAGACACUGCGCAACCUUAACCUAAGCAGUAACGACUUAACGUGGAGGUGUUUGGCGUAUUUGAGCAGCAUAUCAAAUGCAAAUAUAUGUGAGUCUGGAAACCGGUGCUACAAUGUGAGUCUGGAAACAGUUCCGAAUGCAACCUAGCAUGACAACUUUCCAGAACGCUUUCUCAUGAUAGGCAAUCCGCAUGAGAAACUGCAUGCUUCUGUGUACAAAAGAUGCUGCGAGGACUUUUGUUGGUUAUGCCAUACAGAUUUCCUAGGUAUGGAAAGCUAGCAUUACAAGUUCCAGCAUUCCAGACCCAGACAUAUUUGCAAUGCAUACAGCAUGAUAUCAGAAAACGGGACCCUGGAGUACCUCGACCUUUCCGCAAACACACUCUGGAACACAGAGGAGGGCGAGGAAACGAAAGAACUGGUAUGCAGACAACGCUGAUUUUACAGCAGUGAAACCUACCACUUUUGCCAAUAACUCAUGCAGCUGGAACUCAUGUAUCGAAACGAAUCUUCUAUCCACUGUGACGUUAUCAAUCGAAUUUCUGUCAUAACUGCACCCUCUCACCACUUCAGACCGACGUCAGCAACCUCGACCCGGAAAGCCCGUUCGGAAUUUUAGUCCAAUGCGUGUCCAAAAACAGCACGCUGUUGAGCUUGGACGUAAGACACUGCAGUUUGCCGGAGGAUCUGGAAAGGAGGCUCCACACCAUCACGAAACACCGAGAGCUGAGAUCAAGAGGUAAUAUUGUUGUAGGAGCAACUUCAAUUUAGUUGUAGUUUGGUUCUCUUUGUACUAAGUAUAAAUUGCAUGACAAAUAAAUUUUUUUCUUCUAGAAGAGACUGAGAAACGGAAGUUGUAAUGCAGAUUCAAGUAGGGAGCCGCAGCCGGAUUUGUCAUGCAUGAUCGCGAUCAGGUAUAAGCGUGGACGCGUACGAGAGGGCGGGGCUGUUGUUGCAACAGCCCGUGGAGGAAGAAAAACCGGCUGCGGCACCGGCCGACGGCGACGACGCCGAGAAAAAGGGCACCGAUGAGAGCGAGGAGAACUCAGCGGAGGAGGCAAAUAAGUCGGCGGAAGACUAAAACGAAAGCCGCGCGCUCGGAAACAUGAUGAACUCAAUGUUUGAGUCUCAUCAGCACGCAGGGAAAUCGGAUCGCUGAGCAAUUACUUAUCGCAAGACGAAAGUGUUGAGUAAGUUGUACUACAAACUGACCAAAUUAAUCGAACAGAUACAAUCAACUGACCAAAGUUUUGAAAUUCAACAACUUAUCGCAAAGAACAGAUUUAGAUGAUGAAUUAGAGCGCUCUAUUUUUGCGAUUGCGCUUGAAGAAAGAAUAGUCGAACUGCGUUUCGCUUGAGAAUACAGGUUUCGCUGGAACAAUACCGGAAGAUGAAGGGCCCCUUCAACAGGCUCUUGUAGAUUUCCGGUCGAUGAAUUGUAAAAUUGAAUAAAAUGCCUUUGUAUCAAGAUCAACCACUGGAAAGAAAAGGUAGCAAGUUGCUUCGCGAGGAC